AUGAAACCAUCCCUUCUGAGCACUCUCACUCGAGCGUUAUCACUACUCACAUCAGUCUUGGCCACUCCCGUCCCAGAGCCUCUCGAGUUCGUCAACGAAUAUGGUGCACUAGAAGCCAUUCCACCCGAGCAUCGCGCCUUGGAUCGUAGAAGUCCGCAGUCUGGCGAUACCGCCUGCUCAAACACCGCCAAUACUCGAGCCUGCUGGUCCAAUGGCUUUUCCAUUGCCACUGACUUUGAUGCAAAGUUUCCAGAGACGGGCCGGGAUGUCAUUUACGAUCUGGAAAUCACGAAUAUGACCACUCUUUCUCCUGAUGGAUUCAAUCGGCUCGUUCUGGCUGUCAAUGGUCAAUAUCCUGGUCCCACUCUGAUCGCGAACUGGGGCGACCGGAUGAUUGUCAAUGUCAAAAACUCCUUGCAGCACAAUGGCACGUCGAUCCACUGGCACGGCCUUCGCCAGCUCAACACUGUACAGCACGACGGUGUUGGCGGCGUCACCGAAUGUCCGCUUGCCCCUGGUGAGACGCGACAAUACAUUCUCCGCUGCACGCAAUUCGGCACAUCGUGGUAUCACAGUCACUACUCGGCCCAAUACGGAGACGGUGUUGCGGGAGGCAUCAUCAUCAAUGGGCCUGCUGUCAGCAACUACGAUACGGAUCUGGGCACCAUGACCUUCACGGACUGGUACAAUGACACGGCAUUUCAAAACAAUAUCCGCGCCCUGCAUAGUACCACAGGGCCCCCGGUGCCCGAUUCCGCCCUGAUCAACGGAACGAUGAAACGAGCCGACGAUAUGGGCUCCUACCAUGUGACCAAGGUGACCAAGGGCAAGCGUUUCCGCAUCCGACUCAUCAAUAUCGGGAUCGACAACCACUUCAUCAUCUCCAUCGAUCGGCACAACUUCACCGUCAUCACCUCCGACUUUGUGCCCGUCAAGCCCUACGUCGCCACAUCGGUCAACAUCAACAUUGGCCAACGAGCCGACAUCAUCCUCACCGCCAACCAACCCAUCGGCAACUACUGGCUGCGAGCAGACAUUGGCGACUGCGGCGUCAACGCCUAUGCGGGCAAAGUCCUCAGUAUCAUCCGAUACGAAGGAGCCCCCAUCACCGACCCGACGCAACAGUCGACCGAACUCAUCAACAAACCCACCGCGUGCGCCGAUGAAAUCGUCCGCCCCUAUGUCAACAACACCGUCCCCCAAGACCAAUUCACCUCUGCCAUGCAAAACAUCUCUCUCGGCUUCAACACCACCACCACGGCCAACAACGGCUCUCUCGUGCAAUGGCUCAUCGACGGCACCGCCACCCAAAUCGAUUGGAAAAACCCUACUCUCGACCAAGUCCUCUCCUCCACCAACAAUCCCUCUUUCGCCCUCCCCAACUCCUCCCCCAACAUCAUCGAAAUCGUCUCCCAACCCAACUCUUGGACCUUUUGGCUCCUCCACACCGCCCCCACCAACCCCGUCGCUCUCCCUCAUCCCAUCCACCUCCACGGCCACGAUUUCUACAUUCUCGGCUCCGGUGGUGCCGGCUCAACCUGGAACGGAGACCUCUCCACCCUCCAAUUCAACAAUCCCCCUCGAAGAGAUACCGCCACGAUGCCCGCGGGAGGCUAUCUCGUGUUGGGAUUUCCCGCGGAUAAUCCGGGAGUCUGGUUGAUGCAUUGUCAUAUUCCCUGGCAUGUUGGUGCUGGCUUGAGUUUGCAGUUUGUGGAGAGGAGGGCUGAAAUUGAUGGCGUUGUGAAUGGUGCUGCUGCUGGGGGAUUGGGGGUGCAUGAGAGGACUUGUGAGGGAUGGAAGAGGUAUUGGGAUGGGCCCGGGAGGGUUUAUGAGAUGGAUGAUUCGGGGUUGUGA